CACUGUACAACAGGGAAGUGAACUGCACUUCCUAUUUCCUCGCGUUGCUGCUGUUCAGUGACCCAGCCUGAAAACGAGAGGAUGAAAAGCGAAAGAAACGCUUCGGACGUGAAGUUUUUCUAUGAAUAAAGUGCAUUACAGUACAUGUUACUGUGUCUCGGGUUCGGAUCCGGUUGCGCGCACAAUGGCAGCGUCGCGCUCGCGGGCGUCGCUUUGAUUUACCCGGGACUUUUGCGUUUCUCAAGUUUUAUAUGUUGGUGGAUGAAAAGAUAACAAGAUGAAGAAACAGUUUAACCGCAUGAAACAGCUCGCCAACCAGACCGUCGGCAGAGCAGAGAAGACAGAAGUUCUGAGUGAAGACCUUCUUCAGAUCGACCGUCGACUGGAAACGGUGCGGCAGGUCUCCCACAAUGCACACAAGAGGAUGGUCACGUGUCUGCAGGGUAACCAGGGUAUGGAUGUGGAGAAGAGACAUGUAAGACACUGUCUUUCACUUACUGUAGCUUUUCUUCUUGUAAAAAAAAACAUUUUGCUUAAUGCACUUUUCAUCUUUGACUUUCAGAAAAAGCUUCCGCUCACGGCUCUUUCCCAAUCCAUGCUGGAAGGAGGAGUUCAACUCGGAGAGGAUUCUCUAAUAGGAAAGAUGAUGGACCUGUGUGGACAGGCCGAAAGCAAACUGGCCUUCGAGCAGAGCCAACACGAGGUUCAGAUUGAAAGGGAGGUCAUAGAUCCUCUCAACCAACUUGCAGAGGUGGAUAUUCCUAAUAUCCUAAAGCAGAGGAAGCAUCUAGCCAAGCUCGUGUUGGAUUACGAUUCUGCAAAAGCAAGGUAUCUCCAGGCCACAAGAGCAUAUCCUACUGCAGCAAACGCUCAAGCAAUGGCUACCAAAGUUGAUACGCUUAAAGAUGAGAUGGAUGAGGCCCAGAACAAAAUGGAAAUGUGCAAGGAUCAGCUGGCCUCGGACAUGUACAUAUUUUCAUCGAAAGAGGGAGAAUACGCCCGCUAUUAUGUUUUGUUGUUAGAAGCACAAGCUGAAUACCACAGAAAAGCUCUGGCUUCCAUCGAAAGCGCCCUGCCCAAUAUACAAUCACAGCAAGAUAAAUGGACGGAGAAACCAGCGUUUGGCACAGCUCUGGAGGAACAUCUGAAACGCAGUAACCGGGAGGUCGCUCUGCCUUUAGAGGCUUGCGUCAUGAUGUUGCUGGAGACCGGCAUGCAGGAAGAGGGUUUGUUUCGUAUCGCUGCUGGAGCGUCUAAACUCAAGAAGUUAAAGGCGGCGCUGGACUGUUCAACUUCUCAGUUAGAGGAGUUUUAUUCUGACCCUCAUGCUGUAGCCGGAGCCCUGAAGUCUUACCUGCGAGAGCUGCCUGAACCUCUGAUGAGUUAUCAGCUUUAUGACGAGUGGAUACAAGCUUCAAAUAUUUCUGACCCUGAUAAGAGACUUCAGGCACUGUGGGUUGUGUGUGACCAGUUGCCAAAGGCCAACAAAACCAAUUUUAGGUACUUGAUGAAGUUUCUCGCCAGGCUUGCUCAGGACAGCGACAUCAAUAAGAUGACCGCGAGUAACAUCGCCAUCGUACUGGGACCCAAUCUGCUGUGGGCCAAGACGGAGGGAAGUCUUGCUGAAAUGGCAGCCACUACCUCUGUUCACGUGGUGUCUAUCAUCGAACUGAUCCUUCAGCAUGCAAACUGGUUCUUCCCUGAAGAUGUGGACUUUAACGUUUCGGGCAUGUUUGCUAUGCCUGGAUGCCCGGGUACCCCUGACUCCGAAGUAGGAAGCAUAGACCGAAGGCGUCCUGGCAGCCAAGGGUCAUUCGAUUCUGACAGCUCUCGCAAAGACAGCCCUGCUAACAAACAGCCGGAUCACUCCGUUCGUAGAGCUGGCACUGUAAAUAAAAAGCAGCACUCCGUGCCUAACUUCCAGCCCCCUCUCCCUCCUGUUGAUCCCGGGGGGGCUCCUGUGUUUGAUCCCGCCCCUCUGUCACCCCCUAGUGGGGCUUUGGAGGCUGGGCAGGUGACUCAGACAGAGAACAGUAAUAUCAUCCGAGAAACGGCGUCCACACCUCCAUCCCUUAAAAACGGACCAGGCGGUGCGAGUGGAACCCCGAAUCAGUUGAAUUUGGGGACCCCUGCUUCAAGUUCCAAGGGUCCCAGUCCUUUCAUGGUGCGGAGAGGAACAAAGAAACAAGCACCUGCACCUCCUAAACUGGCACCCCCUACUGCACCGCAAGGUACCAUGAAGGUAGCCCCUAAUCAGACCACACCUGUGAGCGCCCCUCUCCCUGCCACCACGCCUCGACGCAACACCCAACCCAUCAUCCAGGCCCCCAGCCAUCCGCCUCCACAACCUCCUUCACAGAGCGCAGAAGAACCCGAAUCUUCUCCGCCCAGAACCCCCACACCGCCGGAUACGCCAACACAUGACACCUUCCAGACCCCAGGAUCCUCCUAUUCCACCGCCUCUCUGUCGCGCCCCAGGCCAACCCCUCGACCACGGCCCAAACCCACGGUCCCGCCGCCACCCCAGCCAAGUAGUGAAGCUGCCAACGGCGUCUGUGUUUCUGCAUCCAAGAUCAUCUCAGAUGUUUGAUGGUCAGUGCCUGAGCUGUGAUUUGAGUGACAGGCGAUGAUGGCGAUGAAUCUAUCACGGGACCAGGGCUGGACCUUGUCCCUGAGCUAGCUGAGGAUGAACCAGUAGAAACACUCCCAGAACCCCAAAACCAAUCAGAAAGCACAGCCUUGUAAAGGAGGAGGAGCCUAAUAAUGGCUAUGUUCAGAAUGGAAUACUAGUAUACUAAAGUAUGCAAUAUAAAAUAACAAUGUUGCAUACUACUGCAUAGACAUCAUUUCAUGUACGCUAAAGGCCUUUUCACACUCGCUGCGAAUGUUUGAUGCUGGAAUAAAAAAAUGGUUCAAUAUGAAGAUAUUGUGAAAAACAAUUUAUUAUUAAUUUUGCAAAGUCAUAUAAAUGAAUAAGGUUCUAACUCGAUUCAAGCUGAUGCUUUGUGGCAUACAGCAUCUAGCAUACUCAUGUGUUUAUUGUCUACUGCUCAUUUUGGCAAAUAUAGUAUUCCAAAUAUAGUAUUGCACAUACUACGCACAAAUAUAAAGAUUAGUAUGGUAGUAUGCCAAUCCGAACAUAGCCAUUUCUUUCAGCCCGGUUAAACACAGCCAUGCUACGCAACCAACAAACCACUGAAGUUUCCUGGCGACUCUCUAGCCUCACAAUGCUGGCACAUUGUAAUGAUGUAAAGUCGCGAAUGCGCACAUAUUAACAUGCUGUACAAUCUCAUUGCCUCUCACACGCAUUGCAAAGUAUGGGCUUGGUUUCGAAUGUUUGAGUUAUGUGAUUUGAUUUCUUUAAUUUUUUGGUUGAUUGAAUGAUUCUUGUUUUUUUAAUACAUUUGGCAAGAUGUUUGUGGAUUGGGAAGAACUAUAGGAAUGGUUAUGAUGUAAGGAAAAAUAUACAGAUACGCUCGAUUUCUAAAGGCACACAUGCAGAAGUAUGUGGAGUAUUUUUUUCUUGGGGUGCAAUACUGACUGUAAUGUAGUGUUUAUUUCAUUACAGGAUUUUCCUUGGUAGAUCGUUUUCAGAAAUUCAAGGGGUUUAUUGAUCCGUUUAUAUGCGACCUUGGACCACAUAACUAGUCAUAAGCCUUUAUGCAUCAUCUGAAAAGCCGAAUAAAUAGGCUUUGCAUUGGUGUAUGGUUAAGGGAUAGGACAAUAUUUGGUAGAGAUACAAUCUGGAAUAUGAGGGUGCAAAAAUUUAAAUAUUGAGAAAAUUACCUUUAAAGUUGUGCAAAUGAAGUCCUUUGGAACACAUAUUACUAAUAAUAAAUAUUUUUUAUAUUUAGGAUAAUUAAAAAAUAAAUUUUUACCCAUGCAAUGUAUUUUUGCUUCUGCAAAAAAUAUGCCUGUGCCACUUAUGACUUAUGUUUUGUGCCCCAGGGUCUUAUAUUAAGUUUGCAAACUGUUUAAUUUUCAAAAUGACCAAAGAUAUUGCUAUUGAAAGUAUGUGAUUUGUAUAUGCUGUACAAGGGCUGUUGAGAUGUAUGUCACGAUUUAUGCUAUGCAAAAAGAGCACUGACAAUAAUGUGAAACGUUUUAAGGAUCCAUUGAGCUCAGGAAACAUACAGCUAGAAAGCCAAAGUCAUUUUAUCUCUCUAGAUGGAGUUUGUAUCUUUAUUUCUGUGGUUAUGUACCUUUACGGUGUUCUUAAUUGUACAUAUUGAUUUCUUUUUCAACUGCACUGUUGUUCAUCACAUUACGCAGUGCCCGAGAUGAACAAUUGUUUGUUUUUCGACACAGCAGCUUUUUUCUAAUUAUAUAUCUAAUAAAAUGGCAAACAAUUAAAGAAACUAAAUGGAUUUCAUGUUGUUUCAGAACAAAGUUCAAGAAAUUGAACUACAUAAACAAAACUGUUGUAUACAGUGUUACUUUUAAAGGUGCAG